AUGGACGCGCCACACCUCCCGCUCAGACAGACAGACUGUCUGGAGGACCUCUUAGAGGCCGCCUCCCCUGUGCGAGCCGCCUCCUACAGCCACCGAAGCUUCUUGGAGAGAAAUGCCAAGACCGGCUUCUGCGUCGCUGCAACCGCUGGGGGCAUCGCAGUUCUUCUGGGCUCGGCAUUGUGGAUGGGUAGGUCGUCAUUGCAAAGAUCGGAGUUCGCCAACCUUUCUGAGAAAGACUUGAUGCAGUGUGGUCGGCAGCUCAAGUGGAAGUUACAUUCGGACCUCUGCUUGGCGGUGAAGGGUCCGGAUGCCUACAGUGGCGUGGAUGUUGUGAUCGAAAAAUGUGGCACCGUGCCACAUGACGAAUGGAUCUUCAGCAACAACAGCAAACUUCGGCUCUUCACCCGGCCAUCGCUGUGCUUGGAUGUCAGGAACCACAAAGAUAUGGACUGGACCAAGCUGCAGCUCUGGGAAUGCGUAGACGGAAACGUUCAGAACUUCACGCAUUCGAAAGAACAGCUGCUGCAGUGGUCCCACGAUCCCAGCAAAUGCGUGGAUGUGGCAUAUCAUUCUACGAACGCCGGCACCAACUUGCAAAUUGCCCCGUGCCCGAAGGUGGCGUCGCCACUGCAGAGCUUCGAGUUCGAGAAGUGUCGCUUCGAUUGCCCUCGGCAGCUGAAGUGGAGGACGGACGAUCGGUGCUUGGCGCUGCAGGGUUGGUCCAUCGAGGAGGGCACGAGUCUCGUCCCGGGCCCCUGUGAGGGCGAUGGCAUUGGCCCGACGCAGUUCAUGUUCAACACCACAGGUGGGAGGAUGCAGCUGGCUCUGAACGAUAAGUUCUGCGCCUGCUUGAACGCCCGGUCAGAGCUGCGUAUAGCCGUCUGCAACUCCUCCGACGCGAGGCAGGACUUCGAGUACCGGCAUGGCGGCAUCUUUCACAGUAAGCACGAUCAGCAUCUUGUUCCCAGCUCCCCCGUGAUCGCAAUAGAGCGGUCGAGAACCGACUUCAUGGAGAUUUCGGCCUGCCAGAUUCUCUAUCACCCGGUGGAGUCCUUCCCUGUCCCAUCGGGCUUGCCGUGCCCACGUCAGCUCAAGUGGGAUCCAGGCUGGCCUAGCUGGCCAAAGGGUGCUAAUGGCGGCCCGAAAGAACAUCUUUGCCUCGGGACGCUGAGUUGGCACAUUGGGAACGGUGAACCUGUGGUGCUUGCACCUUGCGAAGCUGGCACGCGAGUUGGUCAGCGGCAGCAUUGGCUCAUCGAUAAGGAAGAAGGCAAACUGCGACUUGCAUCUAGCCCCAGCUACUGCCUGGAGACGCACCACAAGCACAAAGAUCGCUUGCCACUGCACCUGUGGCAAUGCUUGGACGGCGAUGACAGCCAGGUUUUCCACAUCCCGGACGCCAUCAUAUCCUCGGCGCAGAACAUUCAGCAGGGGCGCCGAUGUCUCACCGUUGCGGAGGAGGCGAUAGACGAAGCCCAUGCCUACACAAAGCUGGAGAUGGUUCCCUGCGGCUGGCAAUCUUACCGACAGCAGAGAUUCUGGACAGAUGUGUGCGAGGAGAAGGAACAUGCUCAGCCUCCACCUCCGAACCGUUUGGGCUCGUUUCUGGUCAUCGGGGACUGGGGCUGGGACCCCCUCGUGCACGGGAACGUCGAGAAGGCAGACUGUCAGAAGGCCAUCGGCGCUGCGAUGGCCCACAAGUUCAACGAGCUAGAGGAUGUCAAGUUUAUCAUCAAUGUCGGCGAUUCGUUCUAUCCGGACGGGGUCUCAAGUCCCGGUGACAUUCGGUGGAGGACGCAGUGGAUUGACAGAUAUCCAGACAUCCUGCGCAAAGUUCCGUGGUACAGCGUGUACGGCAACCACGACCUCCACCACGACCCGGGCAUGUGCGAGGAUGAGGCCGGCGCACAGCUUGGCGACAUCUUCUCUCGGAAAAACGGCCUCUUCGAACGAUUCUACAUGCCAGACUACAACUGGCACUAUAAGCACGAGGAGCUGGAUGUGGAGGUGAUCGGCCUAGACUUGAACAAGUACAUGGAUGGCUGGAAUGCAAGCGCCACGGAUGAAGACCUCUUCUUCACGGACUGCAAGUACUCCGCCUGCCCCGAGCGCUGCGUUGAAGCAGCCGAGCGGAGAGCUGAACAGGCCUUCAACCUCGUUUUCGACCGCAAAAACCACUCGACGGCGCGCAACCUUCUGAUCUUCUCUCACUACCCCACGGACUACUUUCAUGCCAGACAAGACUUUCUGGACCUCCUCCGUGACCAGAGCAAAGAGACCGCCUACUUCGCUGGGCAUCGCCACAACACCGAUCAGUGGAGCACCUUCAGAACAGGCAAACAUGACUGGCUGGUCGGAGGCGGAGGUGGUUGGAGCUGCGACGGCAAAGAGCAGGGCUUCUUGGUGGGUACUAUCGACAACGACUACCAGCUGAGGACUUUCCCUGUUUUCGUAGACGCGGAUGUCUGCUGCCCUAAUUCGUAA